CCCUGUGUCCCUAGGAUGAGCACAGCCGCCAGCCCCGAGCCCCUGCCCGAGCCCCCCGCCCCCGGGCCCCGCUGCCCCCCCCAGGAGGACCCCGGGUUCCUGCGGGCGCGGAGCGGGGCCGGGGACCUGCGCCAGGACUUCAACCUCAUGGAGCAGAAGAAGCGGGUGACAAUGAUCCUGCAGAGCCCGUCCUUCCGGGAGGAGCUGGAGAGCCUGAUCCAGGAGCAGAUGAAGAAGGGGAACAACUCGUCCCAUGUGUGGGCACUGCGGCAGAUCGCUGACUUCAUGGCCACCACGUCCCCCGCCACCCUGCCCACCUCCCCCAUGGGGCUGGCGUCGGUCACUCCCAUCAAUGACCUGCAUGGCACGGAGGGGUCGGCGCUGGCCAAGGGCGAGCGGCUGAUGCGCUGCAAGGUGGGCAGCAUCCACCGCCUGCUGGACCUGUAUGGCUGGGCACAGCUGGGACACGCUGCUGUCACUCUGCGGGUCAGCAAGGAGCAGGAGCACUUCUUGGUGGCCCCGCAGGGGCUGGCGUGCAGCGAGGUGACAGCGGCCAGCCUGGUGAAGGUGAACGUUCUGGGGGCCGUGGUGGAGCAGGGCAGCACCGGCUUCAUGCCCGACGCCCGCAGCUUCAGCCUGCACGCUGCGAUCUACGCUGCGCGCCCUGACAUCCGCUGCAUCGUGCGGCUGCACACCCCUGCUGCUGCCGCUGUGUCAGCCAUGCGCUGCGGGCUCCUGCCCAUCUCCCGCGCCGCUCUUCUCCUGGGGGACGUCGCCUACUUCGAUUUCCGUGGGGAGGUGGAGGAUGAGGCUGAUCGUGUGGAGCUCCAGAAGUGUCUCGGGCCCACCUGCAAGAUCCUGGUGCUGCGGAACCACGGGGUGCUGGCACUGGGGGACACGGCUGAGGAGGCUUUUUACAGCAUCUUCCACCUGCAGGCAGCCUGCGAGGUCCAGGUGUCGGCGCUGGCGAGCGCAGGCGGCACAGAGAACCUGAUCGUGCUGGAGCGGGCGCAGCAGCAGGUGCCCCACGGCCUGGGCGCUGUACGCCGCGCCGGCACCACCUUUGGGCCCCUGCACAAGAGCCGCCUGGGCGAGCAUGAGUUCGAGGCUCUCAUGAGGAUGUUGGACAACCUGGGAUACCGCACAGGCUACACGUACCGCUACCCCUUCGUGCAGGAGAAGAGCAAGCCCAAGAGCGACGUGCUGAUCCCUGCCACCGUGACGGCCUUCGUGUUUGAGGAGGAGCCCACCGGGACCCCUGCCCUGCGCCAGCAUGCCCAGAAGCAGCAGAAGGAGAAGACAAGGUGGCUCAACACCCCCAACACCUACACCAGGGUCAACGUGGCUGAGGAACUACAGGGCAGCGCCAGCGGCCAGAGGACAAAGACCACGUGGCUGCGAGCAGACGAGGUGGAGAAGGGCAGCAGCGGGACCCCCAUCCGCAUUGAGAACCCCAACCAGUUCGUGCCACUCUACACGGACCCACAGGAGGUGCUGGAGAUGCGCAACAAGAUCCGGGAGCAAAACCGCCAAGAUGUGAAGUCCGCCGGGCCCCAGUCACAGCUGCUGGCCAGUGUCAUUGCCGAGACCAGCCGCAGCCCCUCCACCGAGAGCCACCUGGGAGAUGCAGAGGCCAAGGAGGGCCAAGAAGAGGCUCCCCCUGAGGCAGAGCCCCCCAACCCCUUCAGCCAGCUCACGGAUCAGGAGCUGGAGGAGUACAAGCAAGAGGUGGAGAGGAAGAAGUGCCUGCAAGGCGAGAAGGAUGCGGCAGCAGAGGAGAGUGGGGCUCCUCCUCCAGAGCCACCCCCUCCAGAGCCCCCAGAGCCUGUGGAGCCCACGGAGGGUGAUAAGAAGGCUGAUGGUGGCCAAGCCCCCCCUGAUUCCACUGCCAAAAACAAGCCACCACCGGUGGUGAAUGGGAAGGAUGAAGAGCAAAGCACUGAGGAAAACCUUGGAAAAGGGGGGACAGACCGGACAACUACCAACACUGACCAGGAUGCUCCCAAGGAGAAGGAGACAGUGACCAGUAACCCUGUGUCCCCUGACGGUUCACCCUCCAAAUCACCCUCCAAAAAGAAGAAGAAAUUCCGGACCCCAUCUUUCCUGAAAAAGGGCAAAAAGAAGGAAAAGAUUGAAUCAUGAGUCUCCCAAGGCCAUCCCAGGGAUCCCCCAGAUCUCUGAGACCGGGAGCGCUGGGGCGGGGGCAGCUCCUGCCUCGUGCGUCUGGCCGAGGUGCGGCCCAAAACCCCUGAAAUCUGUCUGUUUUCCGGGUCCUCCUGGCACAAGGCAUCUCAUCCCCCUUGUCACCCGCCUCUGGAGGCAGUCACCGAGCUUAGAGAGACUGUGGUCCCCGUUUGGGGAAAUUCCCGCUGCAUCUCCUUCCCCCUCUUUACCUCCUGGGCUCCGGCCCUGUCCGAUCAUGGGCCAAGGGUUGAAUUUUCUCCACCAGAGCCCAGGCCUGCUUGAUUUGAGGAAGAAAAGGGUGUUUUGUGGUUAUUUUUUUACCUU